AUUAAAUCAAUUGACUAGCCUAAAAAUUCUCCCACACAAAAAAAACAACAAAUUCCCAUACAAGGGCCAAAGUUAUUUCAGACAUACAACUGGUCAAAUUCUUAAGGAAUCCACCCAAGAAUUAGGAUGAAUGUCACCAGUAGCGGAACGUCCCAGCAUCGGGGCCGGAAAAUUCGAGAACAGUGCGGAUCCUGUCCGAACAGAUUCUCCAAGGACAAGCGGCAGGUGAUCGCCGAGGAUUCGGAUACCACGGAGGUGGAGUCGUCCACGGAUGAGGAGGAUCGCUGGAAAGAAGUGGCCCGGGCCGCUGAAAUUCCGGCAGACUACUAUAAUAUCCAGAAACUGGUGAAGUACAUCAAGGCGGGCAAUCAGACAGCCACUAUAGUAUCGUUGUGCUGCUUGAAGGACUACGAUCUGAGCACCCAGAUCAAUCAGUUCGCCAUCUCGGAUAUCGGCGGACUGGAUGUCCUGGUCAACAUUCUGGAGUGCAGCGACACCAAGUGUUGUUUGGGCGCCCUCACCGUUCUCUCGGAUAUCACCCUGAACAUCGAUAUAAGGAAGACCAUCGUGGAUCUGGAUGGUAUUCCGCUGAUUGUGGACAUUUUGAACUCCUCGAUGAAGGAUCUGAAGACCAUGGCCGCCGAGACAUUGGCGAAUGUGUGUAAGGUGCGACUGGCGAGGAAGUAUGUGCGCACCUGUGGUGGAAUCCCCAAACUUGUGGAUCUAAUCGACAUUAAACUGAACAUUUUAAAGACCCCUCGUGACCAAUUGAGCGCAGAUGAUCUGGAAUCGCUGGAUAUGACGCGAGCUGGAGCCCGAGCCCUUUUUACCUUAGCUGAUUCCAAGCACAAUAUGGAGCAGAUGCGCAAAAGUGGAAUAGUCCCACUGAUGGCUCAGCUUCUCAAGUCCUGCCACAUUGAUGUGGUCAUUCCCAUAAUGGGCACCGUUCGAAAAUGCUCCUCGGAGCCCAAGUUCCAACUGGCCAUCACCACCGAGGGCAUGAUCCCCGAUAUUGUGAUCCAUUUGAGUUCCGAAAACACGGAACUCAAGAUGGAGGGCAGUACAGCGAUCUAUAAGUGUGCCUUCGAUGGGAAUACCAGGGAUCUGGUGAGGGAGGCGGGGGGCUUGGAACCCCUUGUUACGAUUAUUAAGGACAAGAACAUAAGGGACAAUAAGCCCCUUUUGCGAGGUGCCACUGGAGCGAUUUGGAUGUGUGCCGUAACCGAUGCGAAUGUAAAAGUGCUGGAUCAACUGAGAACUGUUAACAACUUGGUGGCCCUGCUGAAUGAUGAGUGCGACGAGGUGCUGACCAAUGUCACCGGAGCCAUAUCGGAAUGUGUGAGGUUCCAGAGCAAUCGAGAGCAAUUGCGACAGGCUGGAGGACUGCCAGCCAUGGUCUCCCUACUCAACAGUUCCCAUGCUCCUCUCCUGGAAAAUCUAGCCAAGGGCUUGAAGGAGUGCGCCGAAGAUCCGGAAAGCAUGAGGAUUUUGGAGGAUCUAGAUGCAGUACGACUGAUCUGGUCUCUUUUGAAAAACACCAGCACAAGGGUUCAGGCCCAUGCCGCCUAUGCCAUAUGUCCUUGUGUUCGAAAUGCCCACGAUUCGGCUGAAUUGGUCAGGAGUCUAGUGGGCGCCAUGGAACUGGUGGUGGGUCUGCUAAAGUCCAAGGAUAUUAUGGUCUUAUCCGCCGUCUGUGCAGCCAUAGCGACCAUUGCCCAGGAUCAGACUAAUCUGGCCAUCCUAACCGAUCUUAGGGUCAUCUAUAAGCUGGCCGAUCUCGUCCAGACCACGGAUGAUCUGCUGCGAAUGAAUCUGGCAGCUGCCGUGGCCGCCUGUGCCUGCUUUGGCAAUAAUACCGAGGAGCUGGGACGCCUGCGCACCGUGACUCCGAUUGUCACCUACAUGACCAGCGACAAUCCUCUGGUGCAUCGCAGCACGGCCAUGGCGCUGGAGAAGCUUUCGAUGGAUCCGCAGAACUGCAUUACCAUGCACCAGAGUGGAGUGGUUCCGUUCCUUCUGGAGUGCAUUGGAUCUACUAACAAGGAGCUCCAGUUGGCCGCCGCUGGUUGUCUGAGGAAUAUCCGUGAACUGGCUUUGCGAGCCGAGGAAUAUCUGCUUAAAAUCGACGAUGACUGAACUUCUUUAUCGCUUUGUUAUGUUUUAAAAUUACUAUUUGACUAAAUAUAUAUGCCAG